AUGUCUCGAGUCAACAUCCGUUCUGGUUCUCCAUUCGAGGCUGAAAUAGGCUACUCGCGAGCCGUCGUCGUGGACGGCUGGGUCAUGGUGUCGGGAACUACAGGGUACAACUACGAGACUGGAGACAUCUCACCUCAUGUUGAGGAGCAGACGGAGCAGACGCUGGCCAACAUCUCCAAGGCCCUGGAGGAAGCAGACUGCUGCAUGGCUGACGUCGUGCGAGUGCGGUAUAUCCUCCCGGACCGAGUUGAUUUCCCCAGGACCUGGCCCGUCCUCAGGAAGUGGUUUGGCCAUGCCCGGCCGGCCGCUACUAUUACGCAAGCGGCACUAAUGCAGGAAGAGAUGAGGAUUGAGAUUGAAGUUACGGCCAAGAAGGGCUGCGGGAAGGGGCAGAGGACUAUCUGA